AUACUCGUUGUCGUUCCGAAUAAAGCCGAAGAAUACGCGGGUGAUCUCUGACGCUCCGAAUCCGAAACAACCUCGCCGACGAGAGAUGACUCUACCGAGUGUGCAAGAAGGAGUCUUGUAAUGGCUCAUGAUAGAUAUGUGGAGCUAGAAAGACAUCCUCUCGGUGGAUUUGGUUUUAGUGUCAUCGGUGGAGUUGAUACGCAUCUGCCACCUAUGGUCUGUGCUUUGGUUCACAAUGGAUCGGCACAACUAACAGGGAAGGUUUUUGCUGGAGACGUCAUUUUAGAGGUUAAUGGUCAACAGAUUACACAGUUCACUACAAGUCAAGUUGUAGAAAGCAUUCGCAACACACAGGAUAAUUUGAGAAUCCGUCUAAGGGAUGACCCUGGGACUAGGGAGCGUGCACGUCCAUAUCUCAGAUCAUUUUCCGUUGCUGACCCUAAACUAGCCAUUUGCCAAGCAAGGCUGAAGAGAUCUGCUUCAGCACCAAAUCAUCGUAACCGCUCUCACACUGAUCAACUCCCUCGAAGAGCAAUCACAAAGAAAGAGGACAAAAACAUGCAGAAGGGGACUAGCACAAGUACAGAAGAUGUCCGAGCUGUGGGUCGUAUGAGUCUUAUAGGAUUGGAGCAGGGCGUUGAUGGUAUAUUUGUUCGAAGAAAAGAUGAUGUGGUAGAAAGAGUAAUCACUGACUUUCCUGUGCGUGUUAAUGUCCCUUCAAGUAGAACAGAUAAAAUUAAUCGGCCUGAAAACUUUAAACGACAGAGUUAUCCCAAUGAGGAACACAGAACUAGUUGGGAAUCUUUACCAGAAAGUUGCAUUAAUUGUGGACAACCAGUUGAUUAUUCUAAAGACAUAGAAUACAAAUAUUCCAUGGAAUCAUCUCAGGCAUCAAAAUAUUUAACAUGUAGAAAAUGUGGGCAUGUCAGGAAUUAUUCUUCUGGUGGAAGAAGCCUACCGGGAACCCCGUACUCAAAUCAUAAAACGCUAGAACCUUCUCCAUUUGGAUUGCCAACUAAACACAAUCAGUCACCAACUAAACUUAAUGGAAAUGUGAAUUACAAACCUGGUCCGUCACUUGGCGAGAAAGGAAUUACAUCAGAUUAUAGUAAAACUGCUUCAAGUGAUUCUAAAAGAGUACUUAAUGGAGGUCUUAAAAAGGAAAAGGGAAUGUUUGAGAACUUGCCAGGCCCUGAUUCUGCUGGUAGACAAUACAAUGACCCACUUUACGAGAGUCCAUCAGCUUUAGCACAAAGACUGUUUAAUUUAGAUGGAUUCAGUAGAGAAGAGGUUACUCCAGAACUCAGUAAGAACACAACCUAUGGAAAAGCAGUGGCUAUUGAAUAUCUCAAAUUCUUUGAUUUUCAAAAUGAGACUAUCACAGAGGCUCUUCAGAAGUUCCUUAUGGCUUUCCAUUUGAGUGGAGAAACGCAAGAGAGGGAGAGAAUUUUAAUUCCUUUUUCCAAGAGAUAUCAAGAGUGUAACAAUCCUGAGUAUGGAUCAGAAGAUGCAACUCACACUUUAGUCUGCGCCAUCUUUUUGCUAAAUUCUGAUCUUCAUGGUGAGACCCUUCAUAAGAAGAUGACACAAGCACAGUUUAUAGAAAAUUUGUCAGACCUCUGUGAUGGAAAAGACUUUCCUAAAGAUUUACUGAAGGCAAUAUACCAAGAAAUCAAAGCUAAACCAUUGGAGGGUUUCGGUUUUGAAAGGAUUCCUGCAUCAAGUCCAGGCAAGAGAACUCCAACACCAAAUGGGAUAAAGGGAACCCCAGGAAAUCCUUUUGUAGAGAUUCGAGGUAGUGACUCUGAUAAGGUAUACAAAGAAGGCCUCUUGUACAGGAAAGUCACCAUGAGCUCUGAAGGAAAGAAAACUUCUGCUUGGAAAAGAAAAUGGAUGCCUUUUUUUGCAACUCUCAAAGGAAUGAUCCUCUUCCUCCACAAGUCAGAUGAGGUAACUGGGCCAGAGCAUACUAGAAACUGUUUAGGUGUACACCACUCUUUGGCCAGUCGAGCUACAGAUUAUAUCAAAAGGCCUUUUGUAUUUAGAUUUGUCACUUCCGAUUGGAGAGAAUUCCUUUUUCAAGCAAAGAAUUUUCGUGAUAUGAAUGAGUGGAUUGAUGCCAUUAACCUUGUGGCUGCCACAUUUUCUGCUCCACCCUUACCAGCACCUGUUGGUUCAUGCAAAAGAUUUCAGCGACCUGUCCUUCCUUUCUCCUGCACUCAGCUCUCUCUUAUGAAGCAGUUAGAACACCAUGAGACAAAGAGUAAAGAGGCAGAAGGACAGUUGAUUGAAAGUUUACAAAGCAAGCCACAGAAUGUAACUGGCAGAGAGUUUGAGGAGUGGCAAGAAAAACAUGAAUUCUUGGAUUAUGAGUACAAAAGAUACAAGAUGUAUGUGAACGUUCUGCGGGGAUCAAAGUUGGAGAGUAAAUUGCGAGAAAAGCCUCGUGGCUCUGGCAGGUCUGUUGAAUCUAUCAUGUUGCAGAUGAAGCGCUGUAGUUCCCUGGGGGAUUUAGAUUUGUCCAGUGGUUACAAGGGGAGGAAUGUUCGAGAAAGUUAUGUUAUGGCAAUUUAUAAGGGUUGAGGUUCAAACCUUUUUGCUGUCAAAAAGUUCAUGAGUCAAUUAGCUUUUGCAAUUCAAGUUGAGGAGGUAACUAUUACAAUGAUUCAAAUUAUCCAGUUUCCACAAAAGUAUGUGGUUGUUUAUACUAUUUGAUUGGUUACUGUUGAAAAAAUGCUUGCAAUAAGUUAUUUGUUCUGAUGAAGGGCUAAUGCCCGAAACAACAUAAGCUUUGGACCUCUUUACCGUGGCCAAUUUUCAUUAUCAACUCAGUUGAUGGAACCCAAAUUAUCUAGUUGUACUCUCCCACCAAUGCAGCACCACAGUUUCGUUGGAAACUGACUGUCUUUAUCCAUUAAUCAGUUAUUCUGUUUGCUCUGCCUGUGUAUCAAAGUUAGAAGACUGGAGAUAAACUGAUAGGCUGAACAAGAACUUCAAGGGAGAAAAAAACUUUUUGAAAUUUUAAGGAAGGUUGAUUUGACUCAAGAACCUUUUUGUCAUUAUUUCUAUCAGAAAUGAAAAAAAAAAAAAAAAUGAAAUACUCAUUAUUUUAUUCUUGGUAAUAUUUUGUCAAGAUGGAACAAACAGUUUUCAUGUUUAUCCUAUGAAAAUGUUUUUGUAAUUUCAUCUACAUUGUGUGUACAUAGAAUUUCCUGGUUUUCUGAGUACCAGUCAUUUCCAACAAAAGUUAAACUGUCAUUUAGAAUGUAUUUAAUUUCUUAAGGCUCUGUGGUAAUGAUAAGGUAAAACUAAAUUUGUUUUUUUUUCAAAGUAGAGUUGAAGCUAAAACACAUAAGCUGCUGAGUUAGAUUCUAAAACAUAGAAUGUCACAGUAGAUUUGUUACAAAUGUUUUGCCAUUUCAUGAAUUUAGAGAGUUGCUAUUCCUAAUGCCAUGUCAGUUAACUUUAUUAUUAUUAUAGGAAUUGUGGCAAACUGAGUGUAAAAAUGCAUGCUCA